AUGCAAGAUAGAAGACUAGGAGCUCACUCAAAAUCAAUUAGCCUGCAUACAGACCUUGUCAAAAAAAGAGAAACUACAAAAUCUCUCCCUCCAUCCAAAGAAAGUCUCCUAAACAAUUCCCGAAAUUCAUCUCUAAAGUCUCCUAUGAUUACUCCUCGUGAUUCUCAACCUCUAUCUGAUUCUCUUAACAGCAACUCUUUUUAUUUGCAUAGCAAAACUCCUACAUUAGACUCAAAUGAAUUUACUGAAGACCUGUCCUUUUCUUCAGGAGGCAAGUUUUCUGCUGAAAAUUCAGCUUAUUGUCCUAGCUGUAAACUACUUAAGAGAAAAGAAGAAGUUUUAUGUGUCCAAGCAAUUGUUGAAAUAUCUAAUGAAAUUAAGGCUAUUUUGAAUGCUGUUAAUGCAUGAAAAGAAGCAGAAAUGACCAGUUUUAAUUACAAGCAACGAGGUUUUAAAGCGGAAAAAAGUAAAUUAGAAAUAACAGAAGUUGGUUUCAGAAUUUUAGAACUAAGAAGUUUAAUAAAUCUCACACAAGAAACAAUAGGAGGACUAACCAAAAAUAUAGAAAUCUUAAGCAAGACAGCGACAUGAGAAAAAAUCCAAAUUAAAAGACCCCAAGACAUAAAAGGGUCCACAAACAUUUUAGAUUCAAUAAAACAAGCACGAGCGCAUUUGCAUCAUUUAAAGUCAACUUUUAAUACAGAAACCACUGAAAUUCCAAGUGAUAAUAUGUUAACUAAAUGCUUACAAUUGCAGUUGCAGCAAAGUAAAAGAGAAAAAAGGGAGUUAGAGUUGCAGCUAAAGCUCCCAAGCAAUCCAACACCUGAGAUUGUCUAUAAGGUUAUUGAGCAAUUAAUCCAAGAAAAAAGUUAA